AUGAGUGAAUUCAGUACUCGUCAAGUAGGUGCUUUGAACACCUUGGAUUAUCAACUUUACAUUGAAAAGGACGGCUCUCCCGUUUCUUCUUGGCACGAUGUCCCUUUGUAUGCCAAUGCUGAGAAGACCAUUUUAAACAUGAUUGUUGAGAUUCCUCGUUGGAGCCAAGCUAAGCUUGAAAUCACUAAGGAAGCUACUCUCAACCCUAUUAAGCAAGACACCAAGAAGGGUAAGCUUCGUUACGUCCGUAACUGCUUCCCUCACCACGGUUACAUCUGGAACUACGGUGCUUUCCCUCAAACUUACGAGGACCCUAACGUUGUUCACCCUGAAACAAAGGCCAAGGGUGAUAGCGAUCCUUUGGAUGUUUGCGAAAUUGGUGAAGUCCGUGGUUACUCUGGUCAAGUUAAGCAAGUCAAGGUUUUGGGUGUUAUGGCCCUUCUCGACGAAGGUGAAACUGACUGGAAGGUUAUUGUCAUUGAUGUCAAGGAUCCUUUGGCCCCCAAGUUGAACGACAUCGAAGAUGUUGAGCGUCACAUGCCCGGUUUGAUCCGUGCUACCAACGAAUGGUUCCGUAUUUACAAGAUCCCUGACGGUAAGCCUGAAAACUCCUUUGCCUUCAGCGGUGAAUGCAAGAACAGCAAGUAUGCUGAGGAAGUUGUCCGUGAAUGUAAUGAAGCUUGGGAGCGUUUGGUUAACGGUAAGACUGAUGCCAAGUCCGAAUUUGCUUUGGCCAACGCUACUGUCUCUGGCUCUGUUUCUCAUGAUGCCUCCGUUGCCCAAUCCAUCCCUGCUGCUAAUGAACUUCCUCCUGCUGAUGUCGACCCCUCUGUUCACAAGUGGUUCUACAUCUCUGGCUCUCCUCUUUAA